AUGUAUUCAAAGGACAUCUAAAAAGGAACUCAAAAGUUAGCUUCAAAUUAGCAAUUGCAAUAUCUAAACUACCCAGCACCCCGCAAAGCUAACAAUAACCCCAUUAGUUCAACUCCCAUGAAAUAUAUAUCUUCAAUAAUGAACUAGGAGAAUAUAGAUCCUAGCUAAAACUAAUAAAGCUCGAAAAAGCAUGCUUAUAUCAAUCAGCAUUAGGAUUCCCAUUCUCAAAAUCCGAGUACGAGCUCUCUUACAUAGGCUAUGUCAUCUAGAGCAAAUGGAACAGUAGGAUUUAACAAGAGAGGUGAUAGCAAUCCUGCCAGUCAGAAUUAUAAUUAGACAACCUCAAGCCAUGGUCCUCUAAGUGAAAUCACAUAAAUGCUGAAGAAUAGCCAGAAUCAUUAGCAGAAUUUAGGAAGAUAAAUGAAAUCUUCCUCUUAAACUCAACAGUCAUCAACUUCUGGUUCUGGAAUCAUUGUGGGUUCUACUUCUUAACCUAUGCUAACUUAGAAAACGACAUCAUCAAACAGAGUUAGUGGAGUUUUUAAAAUAAAGUAAAACUCAAACAAUUCUUCGUAACAGGCAAAAAAGAAUGCAAAUUAAGGCAUAAAUAGUGGAGGGAUCAGUGGUAAAUAUGCAAAGAAUAUUAACAUCAAUAACAUUUCAAAUUACAACCUCCAGUAAGUCACAAACAAUAGCAGCAAUAUCACUGUUAACCUCUUAUCUAGUAGUUAAACUUCUAGAAUACACGAGUAUUUCUAGUAAGCUGAGGUAAGAAGAAAAAAUAAUGCUAAUAUCAUAUUAAAGAAGGACCAGCCUUCAACUUAAUUACAAAAUGCACCGACUCCUAGUAAUGCUCAGUAAACCAGUGGGGGCUCAACGCUCGAGUUUGAUGAUGAUGUAGAUAAUCUUAACUGCCUAGCUAGCUAGGUAAAUAAUGUUGUAAAUGGCUUUGAACAAAGAAGAUUUAGCGAGAAAAAUUUUAAGGUCUUUACAAACCACAUCUAAAAGGAAGGUAGAAAUGUAUCACAGAUUAUUCUAGAAUUAGAGGAAUCUAAUCAAAUGAAAUCGACAAAUGACAUACAUAAUCCCAGUAGUAAAAUUUAGAUCCUCUCUUCUAAAAUAAAAAAGAACUCAAGUACAAAAGCAAAAGAAGGCUAAAAUAUACUUCAAAAUUAUUUAAGUAAUAACUCAUCUCAGAAGUCAUCGAAAGAUCAGUAUUCAAUCUAAAACUACAAAACCCCAAACCAAUCACAUCUAGUAAAUAACACGAGAGAGACCCCUUAACUUAGUAAAGGUAAAUACUCAGAAACUAAGAACUCAACAGUUGGUAUUCCUCCAUCUCAAGCAGCUGCUGAUACCAGAACUCUACUAAGUGAUCAUAUUAAAAAGCAUAUCAGAGCAUAAGAGUCUCCAUUCAUGAAUAAAUCAAAGAGACCUCAAUCAAAUCUUGAGGGUAAUUCUCCAACCAAACAAAAAGAAGAUAGUGAGAACACUACACCAUUCAAGUUAUAGUUGAAUCCUAGCCUUAGGAAAACAAUCAAGCAAAGUCCAGAAUAGAAUCAGUUUGGACAAUAAUUCAGACAUGUUAUGCAUUAAAACUAUGUCAAUCCACAAAACACAAUAGCAAAUAACACGACUGUAGCAAGUAAUAGAAUCUCAAAACUUAGUGCUAACACCACUAGUGGUUAAUUAGGAGACAUUGGUGAGGAGACAACUAGAAACCAAGUAAAUGAAACUAAAACUAUCAAGGAUAAAUUAGGUACAUAGUAAAUAGUACCAACUCCUUCCUAGUCUUCUCAUACUUUCGGUUUCAAGCAGAGGUAAAUUGAGUAAAGAGAUCAGGAUGAAAAUCAGAAUUCUUCUAAUAGUUUCGCAUCGAUGCAAUAACAAAAGAGAUCUUCAACCAAUGGAUAUGAUAUGCAACCUAUCUUAGAUUAAGAGAGACUCUUCUUUGAAUUGACAAAAACCAUAAUGAAUGAUAAAGAUACAAGUCAGAUAGACUUCAAUGCAAUGCAAGGUACUACAAAGUAGGCUUUUGAUUUUAUGAGAAAAAUCUUAAUAAGAUACGGAGGGGCCUACUAAAAUUAGAAUGAGGAAAAAUUGAUUAAUAUGUAUGCUUAGACAUGCAAGAUUGAGUUAGUAGUUCAAUAGCUAAUUAAAAAAAUCUAAAAUGAUAUUUAUCCAACUUAGACUCAAAAGUAAGCAGGAUAAUCCAGCGGCCUGGUUCACAACUAUAUGAAAAAUGUGAUAAUCCACACACAUCAAAAUAUACUUUAUUUCCUAGAGAUAGCAACUCUUUUGAUUGGUGGUAACUCAAUUCAAAAUCUUAAUAGCAAACUUCAAGGCAUGAAGCAAAAUAUUGAAACAUCACUUCAGUCUCUUUAAAAUAUCUGUAGGAUCAAAAGAAACGAUGAGCAAUAUUUUGAGGAUCUCCUCUAGAUCCUAAAAAGAGUUGAGGUUAUGAAGUAACUUAACUAAAGUCUUUAAAGCUUUGAAGGCACACUUACCUCACUAGAUGCAAAGUAAUUAUUAGAUCAAACUCCAAUUGUAGACAAGAAAUUUGUCUCUAAAAUUGUAAAUAGCGAUCACAAAGCUCACCAAGCUUAGAACGUUAACUCCUAAAUUUAAUAAAAUCCACUUUAAAUUCAGAAUCAAUCAGCUUAAAAGCCAUAAGCAAAACCUUAACCUUAAAAUAAUUCUCCCUACCAACCUAAAUUCUUAAACCCAACAAUAAACAAUAACAAUAACUCUAGCUAACAUCAAAAUAGCAAUGGACAGAUGAAUAGGCAUGCUAGUACAAGUCCAGUGAACAAGAGAAGGUCCUUUAUUUUACCAGAAUUAGAUAAUAGUAGAUAUCAAUAUACCCUAGUACUUGAUUUGGAUGAAACUUUAAUACAUUUUGAAGCAAGCGAGAAGAAAUUCAAAAUUAGACCGAAUUGCAUCACAUUUCUAAAAACUCUCUCUUAGUAUUUCGAGAUUGUAAUCUUUACAGCUGCUUCCUAAGAUUAUGCUGACUGGAUCCUCGAUGUAUUAGAUCCAAAUAAAGCUUUUAUUUCGCACCGUCUCUAUCGAUAACACACUUAGUAUGAUGAUGGAGUAUAUGUUAAGGAUUUGAACCUGCUUGGCAGAGACCUUAAAAAGACAAUUAUUAUUGACAAUAUUAGAGAAAAUUUUGAAAGACAAGAUGCUAAUGGUAUUGAGAUUGUAACCUGGCUAAAUGAUCCUAAUGACAGAGAGCUUGAUAAUUUAUAAGUUUUCCUUAAAGGCUUAGUAGAAGCCUAGGUCAAAGAUGUUAGGCCUCUUAUUAAUCUAUUUAAAGCUGAGUGUUGGAAAUCUCCAACUAAGAAGAGAAAGGAUUAAGAUGUUUAUGCUGGGGACAAAGUAUCUCCUAAGGGAUGCACUCCUCAUACAGAUAAGAAAGGAAGUGGCUUAAUUGCUGGACUGGGUGCUCAAACUGACGCUAAAUUCAUAAGAUGA